GCACAAGCACACAGCAGCGACCAGUAUUGCACGUACUGCACUCGCAACGAUAAGUUAAAUUUUGAGUGCCAUUUCUGGCAUUUCAGUGCAUUUCUUUACUUUUUAUCUCUGCAGUGUGCACUAGUUUGUACGAUUCGGAUUUCCUUCAGUUUUAACUUUGUACUAAUUCUGUCUUUUUAUACCUUUAAUUUAUUCAGUUUCUUUCGUUUUGCAAAACACAUAUCAUUGAAGCUUCGCCUUCUCUGUUUCGCUGAUGAAUUCACCUGGCACUAGCUAGGUGAAUUCCAGGCCGAACUGGCUUGUGAAGAGGGAACACUGGUCGGCUGUGGCAUUCCUCUGCUGGAUGUGCAGCAUCCCUGACGGCCUGGCGUUUUCGCCGUAUCUUCGAGAUGUUCCAACCUGGAGAUGUGGAAUCCCUGAAAAGCUCGGAUUCCGCUAGCGAACUCGAAGCGCCAGAAUUCAUCGAUAACAGCCUCGAUGGCGAUGAUAUCGAUAACGAUACGGAACAUCUGGACCCCCGUGUACAGGGUGAACUGGAGAAACUGAAUGAAGCAGCAGAAGCAAUCAACAGGCUGGAAAAACAGCUGGAUGAAGCCAAAGCAGCGGGGCGACAAGCCUUUUACCACAUGACUCACACUUUGCAUGAUUUGAACAACAAACUUGGAAAAUGUGUGCAGAAAUCUCGUCCUUAUUAUGAAGCGCGAGCUGAUCUGAAGAAAGCUCAAACGGAACUUCAGCAUGCCGCUUUGUUAUUUGAAAAAUCCAAUGCCGGCCUAAAGGCCAGUAAGGAAAUCGUCAAACUGACGGAAGAAGGCUUAGUUCGCCAAGGUGGGAAACUGGACGAAACAUGGCAAGAAAUGCUCAAUUAUGCCACGAAAAAGGUUACACACUGCGAGGUGGACCUGCGACAGCGCCAACGCGAACACUGGCACGCUUCAAAGCUUUACACUGAGUCUGAGGAGAAAGUCAAAGCACUGGAAAAGAAAUUUAAAUCAUCCAUUAAUAAAUCAAAACCGUAUUAUGAACUUCGCGCUCAAAUGAACCACUUCGUUGAGAAGGAGAAAUUCAAGGUACGCCAACUAGAGCGUUCAAUUUCUCAAGCUAAGAUCACCUACGCGGACGGACUGGCUAACCUUGAAGGAAUCAGCGAGCAGAUCCAUCUGCAGCGUCGGAUGCGCGAUGAAUUAUUGGCACAGCGCGAUAGUGGUUGCGGCACCAUCAGCGAUAGCCAUUCAUUCACGGACAGUCUGGAUUUGACCAGUCUCAGUGAUGGGCCGGCGGAGAGCAUCGAGGCGGUGCAAACACCGUCGGAGCGCCACCAGAUGAUGUUGGACACACUGCACGACAUCAUUUGCCAUUCCAAGGGGGAUAACAACGGGACUGAUAGGGCAGAUAAUGGACGACAGUCCUUCUCGCGAUCCACCCUGGAUCUGCGCGAUAAGACAAUCCAGCCGGACAUGGCAGCAGCGGCGCCGACGGCUGUGCGAUCUCAUUCUCGAAUAAAAAAUGCUCAAAGUUUUCCAUUGUUGACAGCGUUAGAGCAGGAAUUGACAAGGCUGCAGGUAGAGAGUGAUGUGAAGGGGGAGGGGCAGAAGGGUGCCAAGAAGUCCCUGCAGACCGUGAUGUCGGUGGAUUCUGCCAUGGACUCGGGGGAGGAAUGUGAAUUGAAUGGGGACGACGAGGAGUUAGUAAAUAAAGCGCAACUGCAGCGUGUGAUGUGAUCAUGUUUUUUGUAUCUUUUUUUGCGAUAUCGUAUAUUGUUUUCUACUCGUUUUUCGGCUGCAUGAUAGAUAGGCGAACGAUGUAGACAAAAUAGAUGUAAGAAAACAUAACCCGAAACUUAGAGCUUUCAUUUUUAUGGUUUGGGUCUGCCAAUCAAUUUCCAUUUGUGAGGCUUUUUUAGCGUAGUUGUGUCAUUCUGUUGGAUUCUGAGCGACCGGUUCUGGUAACGGGCAGUGAAUACGCCGGUAUCUUGGGCUGAUCUUGAAUAAAGUAUUGAUUCAAUAUGAUUAA